AUGCAAUUAAAAAACGAUUUCACACGAUACCGUUAUCUUAUCAGACUUCAUACAAUCUGUACUAUUGCGUUUAUUCUACGCUUUAUUGUUCUUUGUACAGAUUUAUCAUCUGCAAAAAGUGACUCAAUAGCUUUCCCUGUGGUAAUCUUAUUAUUGGAAGUAGGAUCAUCGUUUAUUACUUUUUUGGCAAAUAUUCUCUAUGUUUUUCUUCGUUAUUUUGGACCCAUUCUAUUUGAAUCUGACCGUGAAAAAGUUGGAUGUUGUUCUCAACACUUUGCUUGGAGUUUAUCAACAUUAACGUGUAUUCGUUGUGAAUGCUAUCAAGAACAUCCACAACUUGUUUUAAUAACUCGAUUUUGUGUUUUAAUUUUAUUUGAGAUCAUACGAUUUAUAGCAUUUAUACUUGCUUGUGUAUGUGCAAAUAGAUACGGACCAAUAGGUUUAGGAUACGCGAUUUUGGCUGCAUUUUCACUUGUACCUGCCGUAGUUUUAUUAAUUGUUGAGUAUCUCCAUCAUUAUCGUAUAUGGUUUCGCUAUCGCCCAAACACUUCGUCUGAUGAGAAAAUCAUAUAUGCUAAAGAACAUAUGCGUUUUUUACCGCUUGCAAUAACAAAUGAUCAACAAACAAGUCAUUGGCAACAUUCUCGAUGCGACAAGGGAAUAACUUGCUUGUCACGGAAUCUUUACCAUGUAAUUAUCUUUCAUUCAGGAAAUACACGUUAUCCACCUGACCAAACAACAGAUAAUCAAAUAGUGGUUGGAUUUCAUCAAACAAGUCAUCUCGCUGCGUACGCUAUUGCCACGUCAGAAUUGAAAAGUUCGAAAACUGGAUGGAUUGGGCCAGGUAUAUAUUUUGCAACGUCUCUUGACCAUACUGAAUUUAAAGCUAAUAAAUUUGGAGCAUAUAUAUGUGCGAAAGUAGAUUUAGGUAAAACAAAACGUAUUAGAGAUCCAGCGCAGUGGUCUGAAGCAGAUCAAUAUGACACAGUUUACUACGAGCAUCCGCGUGGUGCUGAUGAAUUUUGUGUACGUAGUCCGCUUCAAAUUCGUUCGUGGAUAAUUCUGAUUGAUCAAGAGCCAAAUAUACCAUUGUUACGAGCGAGAGAUAACGAACCGUUACUAUCUGGAAAAUAUGUUGAAGAUCCAAUCGAAGACAUAAACUAUUCAGGAUGUUUAUUUUGA